AUGGGUCGUACGCAAUGUUUCAGGUUGCAUCGGCGCUUUAAAAGCAGAAGGACGAGCCUGGAAGACGACGAGUGGUCUGGAAGACCUGCCACAACCGUCAUCCCCAGAAAUGUGGAGAAAAUUGAUCAGCCUGUGCAUGAGGAUCGUCGGAGGAAAAUCAACGACGUUGCUGAUGUUGUUGGUCUGUCGUAUGGGACCGUGCAAGCGAUCCUAAGGUCUGAAUUAAACAAGCGGCGUGCCAAGUUUGUUUCCCGCCUGCUGACCACUGAGCAGAAAGAACAUCACGUCGAAGUCUGUCAAGAUAUCCGUCAGUUUGUCGCUGUUGACGUAUACUUUAUGUCGAGGAUCAUCGACAUAAGUUGA